AUGGGAAAGACUGACUCAUAUUUUCAGACAGCCAUAGAGAAGAAUUCCCGGAGGAAUUCCCGGAAGCCAUCUUGUCAUGGCCCCUCCUUGGCGAAUGUUUUUCACCCCCAUGGUCAUCUCCUUCUUUCAUUCCUCCAUCUCUCUUCUUUCUCUCCACUCUCCCACUUGUUUACUCCUUGGAAGUUGAAGAAGAAGGCCAUCCAUCACCGGAGUUCGAGUCUCCACCGGUGGUCUUGGCAUCCGAAGGUGAGGAGAAGAAGAGCAAGUAGCCGCCGGCGUCCUCCAAAGGCAAGGAUCACCUUGAGCUAUAAUCUUGGAUUUCUUUUGAAUUUAGGAGAUCACCAAAUCAGGAGCAGUAGACCCAGGGAUCUUAGAAGGCUUCCAGUAGAUGUCUUCCUUGAGAUUUAUGCCUUGAGACUUAUGUCUUUGUAUCAGUUGUAUUAUUGUUAAGAACCUCCUUGUAGGUCAUGCUGUAUUUUCAUUUACCUUGUAUUCGAGUUGGUUGUAAACCUUAAGUUGUACUCUUACUUGGUAUUCUGUCAGUUUAUUUUCCACUCCUAGUCUGUGUUAGGUUUUGAGGCCUUGCAGGUUC